CCAUGGCUUUGUGGGACAGCAGACAGAGGGUGGCUGGUCCCGCCUCCAGGGCUUACCUGCUAGAGGAAACAGAAACCCAGAGCCACUUGGGGCGGCCGGCCCCGCCCCACUGACGACAUGUAGACCCUGAAUCGAAACCCAGGCUCCUGCAGCCACCGGCACAGCCAAGCGAGGGUCCCGGCCACCCAGGGGGCCCCCAGCUCUGUGCUAUUGGCUCACAAAGUCCAGUGGUCCUUGAGCUUAAACUUGUUGAUAAUGUGUGUGAAUUAACGACAAGCCUGACACAUCGUAGGAGAGCCAUCAGUGGUCACUACGUGUGGCAACACUGGUGGCAGAAGCAACUGUCUGGGCCACAUGUCUCUAAUGUUUAAUGAAACCAAGGCAACCCUUUGUGGUGAACCCCACCCCCAGAAGCCAUGACAGAGGCCGGUAAACUGCCCCCACCACUACCCCCACGACUGGACUGGUUCGUGCACACCCAGAUGGGCCAGCUGGCCCAAGACGGGGUCCCCAAGUGGUUCCAUGGUGCCAUCUCAAGAGAGGAUGCUGAGCACUUGCUGGAGUCACAGCCUCUGGGAUCCUUUCUCCUCAGAGUCAGUCACAGCCACGUGGGCUACACACUCUCUUACAAAGCCCAAAGCUGCUGCCGCCACUUCAUGGUGAAGCUCUUGGACGAUGGGAGUUUUGUGGUGCCCGGGCAGACAGUGGCCCACGCCUCACUGGACGACCUGGUCACCUUCCACCAGCAGAAGCCAAUUGAGUUGCAUGGGGAGCUGCUGACACAGCCCUGCGGACAGAAUGACCCAGAAAACGUGGAUUACGAGGAUCUCUUCCUUUACUCUUACACACUGGCUGAGGAAGCCGCCAGCCCCACCCCUGACCCCAGGGAGCAUCAGAGGCCUUCCUUCUGCCCGGUGGCCACACCUGAGGAGGCCUCCCUAAAGCCAGUCCUGCUGGAUGGGCCAAAGGAAAGCAAGCCGUUGACAGAGAUGGACAGAGAACCCACAGAGGAUGCCCCUUCCUCCUGCCCCCCAAAAGCCCCUUUUGGGGACGCCUGCCAGAAACUCUGGAGGAACCUCAAAAUGCUCCCUGAGAAGGGCAAGAGAGUCCAGCAGCAGCUGAAGUCCCAGCUCACGGCUGUGAAUCUGUCAUCAUUCUGGGAUGCCAGGAGAUCGACAGUGACCCAUGGCUCCAGGGCCAGGGCAGGCCGCAGGGAGCACUCAGGUGCUGCAGCCCGUGAGGACAAUAUCUGCAGGGACCCCUUUGCGGCCACACCCCUGAAAAGCCCCUCGCAGCCCCAAGCCCCAAGAGACAGAAAUGUCCCCUCCAGGAAGACCAAGAGGUCUGUCAGCUGGGACAAGGUGAUGCCAGGGGAUAGGAGUUGGCACCAAUCAGUAGUGAGGGCUCUCUCCUACUCAGUGUCCUGGCCGGAGCCGAGGGGCAUAGCAGAGCCCCAGGAGGACUGGCUCCCCGAGGAGUACCGCCCACCGCCACCCUUUGCCCCUGGGUACUGCUAGAAAAGGGGUUCACCCCGGCUCCAGAACAUUCGCUGUCAGAGGCUGCCACACUCCUGAUGUCCUCGCUCUGCCAUGGCCCCACACCAGUCCUUGGGAGCCCAGGAAAUGUAAUAAAGAUGUUUUGUGGGUCUGGUCCUGCAGUCA